AUCUAUGCAGGACACAACGGAGCGAACUACGUCAAACUGUCAAGCCACAAGUGAAAAUUAAAAAGAACCUUUCAAUUUAAUGUUUAAAUAUUGCUAGGCAUGUGCAUAAAACAAUCAAUAACUAUUGAGCUUUUUUUAUUUAUUUUGAAAAAUGUUUAAAUUAUAAGAGUUGCUGCGUUGCCCAAAGAAACUAUAUUUAAUCAAUCGGAACGCAAACAAAAUCAGCUGCAUGCCUGCAGCUCAGAGCUGAGAACAACAACGGCUCUGCUCCAACUCAACUGCUCAGCUGCUGCCGCUGCUGCCGCUGCUGCUGCUGCUGCCAACGCUGGCAUCGCUGUCACUGCCACAGCCUGCGUGAGAGUGCGCCUCUUCUGAGUUGGCGCUGGCGCUGCGCAGCUGUCCGUCGAGUGUAGACUUAUUGCGUGCCAGUUUUAGUUCCACGCAAGUACUAAAACGGAGAAACAAUCACAAAAAAUAUACAAUUCUCUCCCAACUGCGUCACGCACGCCAGGCAGCCGAAAGGUAAACAAAAACCUGUGCGCGUGUUUUAGUAUCAAUAAAACACCGGCCAAAGCGCCUUCAAGGCAACUGAGGCAGCUGUGACGUCAUGUGGCGCUGGGCUCGGCCACGUCUGGCGCUGCUGCUGGACAUCUGGCGGCACUGCAAGCUACUCUGCCUGCUGCUGGCCUUUCUGCUGCUCUUCUGUGAAACGGUGCAGGCCAAUCCGGACGCGAAGCGUCUCUACGAUGAUCUGCUGAGCAACUACAAUCGCCUCAUACGACCCGUCAGCAAUAACACGGACACGGUGCUGGUCAAGCUGGGACUGCGCCUCUCGCAGCUCAUCGAUUUGAAUCUCAAAGAUCAAAUUCUAACAACCAAUGUGUGGCUGGAGCAUGAAUGGCAGGAUCAUAAAUUUAAAUGGGAUCCAUCCGAAUAUGGUGGCGUCACCGAGCUCUAUGUGCCCUCCGAGCACAUUUGGCUGCCCGACAUUGUGCUAUAUAACAACGCCGAUGGCGAGUACGUGGUGACCACCAUGACAAAGGCCAUUCUACACUACACGGGCAAGGUAGUGUGGACACCGCCGGCAAUUUUCAAAUCGUCCUGUGAAAUUGAUGUGCGCUACUUUCCCUUCGAUCAGCAGACGUGCUUCAUGAAGUUCGGCUCCUGGACCUACGAUGGCGAUCAGAUCGAUUUAAAGCACAUCAACCAGAAGAACGAUAAGGACAAUAAAGUUGAGAUUGGCAUUGAUUUGCGCGAGUAUUAUCCAAGUGUCGAAUGGGAUAUAUUGGGCGUGCCCGCUGAACGCCAUGAGAAAUAUUAUCCCUGCUGUGCCGAACCCUAUCCGGACAUAUUCUUCAAUAUAACGCUGCGACGAAAGACACUCUUCUACACGGUUAACCUCAUCAUACCCUGCGUGGGCAUCUCCUACCUUUCGGUGCUGGUCUUUUAUCUGCCCGCCGACUCUGGCGAGAAGAUUGCACUUUGCAUCAGCAUUUUGCUCUCACAAACUAUGUUCUUCCUGCUUAUAUCGGAAAUUAUACCAUCAACUUCGCUGGCUCUCCCGCUGCUGGGCAAAUAUCUGCUCUUUACCAUGUUGCUGGUCGGGCUGAGCGUUGUAAUAACAAUCAUUAUACUCAAUAUACAUUAUCGUAAGCCCAGCACACACAAGAUGCGACCGUGGAUACGCUCCUUCUUCAUCAAGCGGCUGCCUAAGUUGUUGCUAAUGCGUGUGCCCAAGGAUUUGUUGCGUGAUUUGGCCGCCAAUAAGAUCAACUACGGCUUGAAGUUCAGCAAAACAAAGUUCGGCCAGGCCCUCAUGGAUGAAAUGCAAAUGAACUCUGGCGGUUCUAGCCCCGAUUCAAUACGCCGCAUGCAGGGACGCGUUGGCGUCGGCGGCUGUAACGGCAUGCAUGUGACCACGGCAACCAAUAGAUUCAGUGGCUUGGUGGGUGCUUUGGGCGGUGGCCUGAGCACACUGAGCGGGUACAACGGACUGCCAUCGGUGCUUUCCGGCCUGGAUGACUCCAUGAGCGAUGUGGCGGCACGCAAAAAGUAUCCGUUUGAGCUGGAGAAGGCCAUACAUAACGUCAUGUUCAUACAGCACCACAUGCAACGGCAGGACGAGUUCAAUGCGGAAGAUCAGGAUUGGGGCUUUGUUGCCAUGGUCAUGGAUCGCCUGUUUCUCUGGCUAUUCAUGAUUGCCUCGCUGGUGGGCACAUUUGUCAUACUGGGCGAGGCACCUUCCUUGUACGAUGACACCAAGGCAAUCGAUGUGCAGCUCUCGGAUGUUGCCAAGCAAAUCUACAAUCUAACUGAGAAGAAGAAUUAAAUUCAAUAAUGCAAUCCAAAAUGGUUAACACUAUCUAAUGACAUGUAAUGCCUGCAUUAUGCGAUCCCUAGUUUAAAGUAUGAUU